AUGCUUCGUGUUCAAAGACUUUCCAAGCUCGCAACGAGAGAUUUCUCAAGCUCGCUUCGAUCAAAAGGGUUUAGCAACGUUCUUCAGUUUGCUACGAUUCAACCAUCACGUGGUCAAUUGACACCACGAGAUUUUCAGUUUAAAGCUGCUUUCGUCAUCAACACUGCGUCCCAAUGUAGUAGUGCAAGUCAAUUGAAGCAAUUGCAAUUGUUGCAUGAAAAGUAUCGUGACCAAGGUCUGAUGGUAGUCGCAGUACCUUCGAAUGACUUUGCAGGACGAGAACCUGGAAAUUCGGACGACAUUUUGAAACGAUAUGCGGCAUAUGACGUGACAUUCUACAUUGCACACAAAGCGUCAGUGACGGGGAAUGAUGCACAUCCGUUUUUUAAAAAGAUUGCAGACAAGUACAGUACGUCCGUAGCCCCGACAUGGAAUUUUGACAAGUUCCUGGUGGAUCAUCGUGGAGAGAUGAGAGCUGUUUUUCCAAAUGAUACCGAGCCGUUGGUGGAGGAAGUUGUAGCAGAGAUUGAACAAGUUUUGGAGGAAUUGCCAAGGGCACUGGAACCAGGUCAGGAGCUGAUAGAAGAAGAAGAGUAUGACUAUGAAGAAGAGGACGAAGGGAGUGAGGACGAAGAGAGUGAGGAGAAGGAUGAGUGCUGA